UCCAUAAUUGAAUGGAUGGCCGGACCAGAUAUGUGGCAUAGUGGCAGCUAAGGAAGGGUUCAUCGGGAAAAGGAAUUAGGGAAUUAAUUACCUAUGACCCGUUUUCUUCCCCCUCAAAUCCCAAAUUCAAAUCCAAAUUCAAAUAUUAAAGAAUUAUUAAUUUCAUGAUUUUAUCUAGAGUCUCACAAUAAACGCCUCUUAGACAUUCUCUCCUUCUUUCUUUUUAAAGAAUAGGAUACCUAUUACUACGGAUGGAAGUUGGCGCAAUCGAUCGACCACCAUGAGCUCCAUCGUUUUUGUGGUUUCAGCUCUGGAAGCUAUACAUAAUUCAAAAGAGGCUCAAAAAAGAAAGGGAUUGGGAGAAUCAGUCGAGAAGGCGUUGAAGGAUAUUAAAGAACAUGAGCCUCAAUUACCUGACCCCGAAAUCAUAUUCGAUCCAUUACAACAAGCCACACGAUCCGGAAGUAUUCCAUUAACUACGACUGCGUUGGAUUGUAUUGGAAAGCUUAUUAGCUAUUCUUACUUCUCUGUUCCUUCAUCGCCAAACGCAGACAGAGAGGCCGAUCGUGCGCCAUUGAUCGAACGAGCGAUAGAUACGAUAUGCGAUUGCUUUCAAGGAGAGACUACGCCGGUCGAAAUUCAAUUGCAGAUUGUAAAAUCUUUAUUGGCAGCGGUUUUAAAUGAUAAAAUUGUGGUUCACGGGGCGGGAUUAUUGAAGGCAGUGCGACAAGUUUACAAUGUCUUCCUACUUUCAAAAAGUAGUCCGAAUCAACAAGUCGCGCAAGGGACGUUGACACAGAUGGUUGGAACUGUUUUCGAAAGAGUGAAGACAAGGAUACAUAUGAAGGAGGCCAGAUUGAACCUUUUGAAAUUGGACAAAAAUCCCGAAAAUACUAGUUCAUUCACGGUCGAUGCCCAAGAGUCAUUAAAUGACGUGCCUGAAAGUAGUGUGGGAGAAGAGGUAGCGGAUGAAUCUGCGACGGCGGAAGAACCCUCGAAUGGAGAUGCGCCAAAACUCACACUCAAAGACCUCGAGCAUCGAAAGAGUUUCGACGAUUCGCAGAUGGGAGAAGGGCCAACCAUGGUGACACAAGUAAAGCCCGCGAAAGCCUCACCUCGAUCCGUAUCGGAACAAACUGCCCCAGACAGUGGUACUGAUGAUAGUAUAGAAUCCGAGGAUAUGGAAGAUGAGGUUUAUAUAAGGGAUGCAUAUUUGGUCUUCAGAUCGUUUUGCAAUCUUAGUACCAAAAUUCUUCCACCGGAUCAAUUAUUCGAUGUAAAAGGCCAAGCCAUGCGCUCAAAGUUAAUCUCUCUCCACCUCAUUCACAUGUUGCUCAAUAAUAAUAUGCUCGUCUUCACUUCUCCAUUGUGUACGAUUACCAACAGCAAAAGCAACGAGCCCACUGGUUUCCUACAAGCUAUUAAAUUCUACCUAUGUCUUAGCAUAACUCGCAAUGGCGCAAGCUCUGCUGAACGAGUCUUCGAAAUUUGUUGUGAAAUUUUCUGGCUGAUGCUAAAAUUCAUGAGAGCCCCGUUUAAGGUUUUUAUGAAUCAAUGGAUUUCCAUGACCAUUUGACUGACUUUUUACAGAAAGAAAUUGAAGUUUUUUUGAAUGAGAUAUAUCUGGCACUCCUAGAAAGACGAAAUGCGCAUGCUUUUCAAAAGCUACAUUUCAUGGGCAUCCUCCACCGAUUUUGCGGGGAUCCUCGUGCGCUUGUAGAGACAUAUCUGAAUUAUGAUUGCGAUCGGAAUGUUGAUAAUAUGUUCCAGACCUUAAUUGAAGACUUAUCCAAGGCAGCGAGCGCUGCUGUCAUGGUAAGCCCUCUUGCCCAGCAGCAAUACGAAGAGAAGAAUAGUAAAACCUCGGGUGGGGAUUGGCAAGCUCGAGGCACUUUUCCCCCACCGCUAUCCACAGCACAUUUGAGUAGCAAUACCGAAAACGGGGAAGCAGAAAUUCCCAAAGAGUAUAUUGUGAAACGGCAAGCUAUGGAUUGUCUUGUGGAGACGCUAAGAUCGCUGGUCAACUGGUCACAGCAAGGGAUUGCUGAUGUUACUAGUGGUCCGGAAAGCGACAUUAGAGCUUCCGCUGAUGUUAGAGAGUCCUUGGAGCCUGGGAACGAUAGCUCGUCAAGAAUUACUGGUGAAAAUACACCAAUGCCUUCAACCCCUAUCAUAGAUGAUGACCCCGAACAUCUGGAGAAGGAGAAGCAGAGAAAGACUGCAAUGACAAAUGCCAUCAAACAAUUUAACUUCAAACCAAAAAAGGGCAUAAAGCUUUUACUUGCCGAUAAGUUCAUAGCGGAAGACACGCCGGAAUGUAUCGCGCAAUUCUUACUUCGCGAAGAUAGGUUGGAUAAAUCACAAAUUGGAGAGUUUUUGGGUGAAGGAGAGGAACGUAACAUUGCAAUCAUGCACGCAUUUGUGGAUGCUAUGGACUUCACUAAACGUCGAUUCGUGGAUGCUCUACGUCAAUUUUUACAAUCUUUUCGUCUUCCUGGUGAGGCCCAGAAGAUUGAUCGUUUUAUGUUGAAGUUUGCAAACCGUUAUGUUGUUGGCAAUCCAAACGCAUUCGCCAAUGCAGAUACCGCCUACGUCUUGGCCUACUCUGUCAUCAUGUUGAACACUGAUCAACACAGCACUAAAGUUGCCAAAAGAAUGACCAAGGAAGAUUUCAUCAAAAACAAUCGUGGUAUCAACGAUAAUGCGAACUUACCUGAUGAAUAUCUUAUCGGCAUCUACGAAGAGAUUCAGAACGAAGAGAUCGUACUCAACAGUGAGCGGGAAGCUGCGGCAGCCACGGGUAAUGUUCCUCCACAGUCUGGCGGUGGUAUUGCGGCCGGUCUUGGGCAAGCUUUGGCGACAGUUGGACGUGAUUUGCAGCGUGAAGCCUACUUACAACAAUCCGAGGAGAUUUCGCAUAGAUCAGAACAACUAUUCAAGAACCUUUUCCGAAAUCAACGAAAGAAUGCAUCCAAAUCCGGAGAUAAAUUCAUCCCCGCUACUUCAUUCAAGCACGUCGGUCCGAUGUUUGAGGUAACUUGGAUGUCUUUUUUCUCCGGGCUCUCUGGUCAAAUGCAGAAUUCGCACAAUAUUGAGAUCAUCAAGUUAUGCAUCGAAGGCAUGAAAUUAGCGAUCCGCAUUGCUUGUCUUUUCGAUCUUGAAACUCCACGUGAAGCUUUCGUUUCUGCUCUCAAGAACUCCACUAAUCUCAACAAUCCGAGGGAUAUGAUGGCCAAGAAUGUCGAGGCAUUAAAGGUUCUCCUUGAAAUUGCACAAACUGAGGGUAAUCUUUUGAAAGGGUCGUGGCGAGAUAUUCUUAUGUGCAUCAGUCAAUUGGAUCGCUUGCAGUUAAUAUCUGAUGGAGUCGAUGAAGGUGCUAUUCCAGACGUUUCGAAAGCCCGAAUUGUUACUCCAUCUCGAUCAGAUACCAAUGCAUCAAGAAAGUCUACCGCUUCACAGCGACCUAAAUCUCGUCCUAGGACGAAUACACAAAGUACCACCUAUUCAAUCGAGAUCGCAAUGGAAAGUAGGUCCGACGAAGUUAUCAAGGGGGUCGACAGGAUAUUCACAAACACGGCCAAUCUUUCUGGUGAAGCUAUUGUACACUUUGCCAGAGCUCUGACCGAGGUCAGUUGGGAUGAGAUUAAGAUAUCAGGCUCUAACGAGUCCCCACGUACAUACAGUCUUCAGAAACUCGUGGAAAUCAGCUACUACAACAUGACUCGUGUUCGGUUUGAAUGGACCAAUAUUUGGGCUGUUUUGGGUGAACACUUUAAUAGAGUUGGAUGUCAUAACAAUACUGCCGUGGUAUUCUUUGCUUUGGAUUCAUUGCGUCAACUGUCCAUGCGAUUUAUGGAAAUCGAGGAACUUCCCGGAUUCAAAUUUCAAAAGGACUUUUUGAAACCGUUCGAGCAUGUAAUGUCGAACUCAAACGUUGUCUCUGUGAAGGAUAUGGCUUUACGGUGUUUGAUACAAAUGAUCCAAGCCCGUGGGGAGAACAUACGCUCCGGAUGGAGAACAAUGUUCGGCGUAUUUACGGUCGCAGCUCGUGAGCCAUACGAGAGCAUUGUCAACCUUGCUUUCGAAAAUGUUAACCAAGUAUACAAAACUCGGUUUGGUGUUGUCAUCUCCCAGGGUGCAUUUGCAGACUUAAUCGUCUGCUUGACUGAGUUCUCAAAAAAUAUGAAGUUCCAGAAGAAGGGUUUACAAGCUAUGGAGACAUUAAAAUCAAUUAUUCCUAAGAUGUUGAAAACCCCAGAGUGUCCACUGUCUCACAAAUCAGAUGCGAAUUCGGAUGGUUCUGUUAAGACUCCAGAAACAGCUACAAAUCCGGUCAGUCGUACGACUCAAGAGGAAGCCUUUUGGUUUCCCGUUUUAUUCGCCUUUCACGAUGUUCUUAUGACUGGGGAAGAUCUGGAGGUUCGUUCCAAUGCUCUGAACUACCUUUUCGAAUCAUUAAUCAGAUAUGGAGGUGACUUCCCCUCGGACUUCUGGGACAUUCUGUGGCGACAACUCCUUUAUCCUAUCUUCAUGGUGCUCAAAUCGAAGUCCGAGAUGUCCAACGUUGUUAAUCAUGAGGAGUUAUCUGUAUGGCUAUCGACAACGAUGAUUCAAGCUCUCCGAAACAUGAUCACUUUAUUCACUCACUAUUUUGAAUCGCUUGAAUACAUGCUGGAUAGAUUUCUUGAUCUCCUUGCUUUAUGUAUAUGUCAAGAGAAUGACACAAUUGCUCGAAUCGGCAGUAAUUGUUUACAGCAAUUAAUCUUGCAAAAUGUCACAAAAUUCAGACCACAACAUUGGUCAAAAAUAGUUGGGGCAUUUGUAGAGUUGUUUGAAAGGACUACUGCAUAUCAAUUAUUCUCCGCUGCAACAUCAUCUGCAGCUGGUGGUAUUAUGGAGAGUUCUUCGUCAGCAAUGGAUGAUCUUGAAGAUGAUCAAUCUCUAAAGAUCAAUGGUACAAAUGGAGCUGCUGCCUCGGAUGCAGAAAGCAUUGCGGAGCAAGAGGGUCAGACGCCGGUCGCUCAGACUCCAGAUUUAGAAGACUAUAAGCCACAAUCAGGUCUUCAGCAACAGCCAGUGGUCGUCACUGCAGCUCGCCGACGCUUUUUCAAUAAAAUCAUCACUAGAUGUGUUUUACAACUCUUGAUGAUCGAGACAGUCAAUGAGCUUUUCUCAAACGAUACUGUCUAUGCACAGAUUCCUAGCCCAGAACUACUCAGGCUCAUGGCUCUACUCAAGAAGUCUUUCCUGUUCGCCAAAAAAUUCAACGAAAACAAGGAACUUCGCAUGCGCCUGUGGCGUGAAGGGUUUAUGAAACAGCCACCCAACUUGUUGAAGCAAGAAUCUGGCAGUGCAGCGACAUAUGUGUCUAUUCUACUUAGAAUGUAUCAUGACGAAGGUGAAGAGCGGAAACGAAACCGCGCAGAUACCGAGCAAGCUUUAGUGCCAUUAUGUGCCGAUAUCAUCCGUGGUUUUACACAGCUUGAAGAAGAGAGUCAACAAAGGAACAUUAUUGCAUGGCGACCGGUGGUUGUAGAUGUUUUAGAAGGGUACACAAAUUUCCCACAAGAAGGAUUCGAGAAGUACGCCGAGGUCUUCUAUCCACUCUCAGUGGAUUUACUUUCUAGGGAUAUGGGUGUGGAAAUUAGAUUGGCGUUACAAGGACUUUUACGACGGGUUGGAGAAGUCAAAUUAGGUCUUCCACCAUCGGCUAGACCAAGUACACCAACAAGUCCUACUUCAACUCAAUUUGGACGUGGAAGGCGAAUGAGUCGUAGGGAUUGAAGAUUUUAGAUUUGCAAGCGUUAGGGGAUUUCAUUAUCCUUCUUUUUCUUUCUUUCUAGGAGCUAUUUGAGCGUGUCAUAUAGGGUAGUAGGUGGGAGUUUAAAGGGUUUGAGGUGUUCUUGAUCUGUCACUUGAAUGAUGAUGACAAGAGGGAUUUUACUUAGAGUUUUCGACUUGUAUGAAUAUACCUUUUUUUCUGGUCUUGGAAAUGUUGUUUGUAUGUCGUGUUG